AUGGCCGCAGCCAACCAGGAUGACCACGGCGAAUUGCCAAGAAGCAGCCAAGACCAAGUCAAUGACCCGCUAUCUUUAUCUGCACCUGUAAGACCUCAAUCAGAGCCGCAACAUUCUCCUUCGACUGCAGGGUAUAGUGCAUCGCUGUUUCGUCGCUGCAAAUCCGCUUUGAUCAAGUUCUUCUCUUUCAUUGGCCCUGGUUUCAUGAUUGCUGUCGCUUAUAUUGACCCCGGAAACUACGCGACAGAUAUCGCUGCCGGCGCGUCUUAUCGCUUCAAAUUGCUCUUCAUUGUCCUUCUGUCUAACCUCUUUGCCAUAUUCUUGCAAAGUCUUGCUAUCAAACUGGGCACUGUCAGUGGACUUAAUUUGGCUGAGGCUUGUCGAGCAUUCUUGCCUCGGUGGCUUAACCUUAUUCUCUAUGUCUUCGCUGAAAUCGCGAUCAUAGCUACAGACAUUGCCGAGGUGAUUGGCUUUGCGAUAGCACUCAACCUCCUCUUCCCAAAGGUCCCUUUAGUGGCAGGAUGUGCCAUCUCCAUUGCAGAUGUUAUGGUGAUCCUUCUUUUCUACAACCCUGACAAAUCGAUGAAAGGUCUUAGAAUAUUUGAAUUCUUUAUCCUAUUCUUAGUCAUGGGUGUAGUAAUCUGCUUCUGCAUUCAGUUGUCUAUGAUAGAGAACACCUCAGUCGGAGAGGUAUUCAAGGGCUACUUGCCGUCGAGCAGUAUAGUCGAGCAACAAGGAUUAUACCAGGCAUGUGGUAUCCUCGGUGCUACUGUUAUGCCGCACAGUCUCUACCUAGGUUCAGGCAUAGUCCAACCUCGUCUGCGUGAGUACGAUGUGAAGCGAGGCUUAGUCCCCGCCCAGCCGUCUUCGGACAGGGCAUCGGGCAACCGAAUUGAUGAAAAGACUUAUUAUAUCCCCUCACUGGCGGCUAUUCGGUCCUCACUCAAGACCUCAAUCGCUGAACUUGUAAUUGCGCUCUUUACCUUUGCUCUAUUCGUCAAUUCGGCCAUCCUCAUCGUUGCAGGUGCAUCUCUGUACAACAACCCUGAUGCUAUCGAUGCCGACAUAUUCAGCAUCCACGAUUUGCUCGCGUCAUCUAUAUCGCCUGCAGCAGGAGUAUUGUUCGCGCUCGCGUUGCUCUUAUCUGGCGUCACAGCUGGAAUUGUCUGUACAAUCGCCGGUCAAAUGGUCAGCGAGGGCGCUCUGAAUGUCCAGAUGCGUCCCUGGCUACGCCGUCUCAUGACAAGAAGCAUCAGCAUCACGCCGAGCAUCAUCAUCGCUGGUUCAGUGGGAAAGUCUGGAUUGAGUGCUGCUCUCAAUGGUACGCAGGUUGCGCUUAGUAUCAUUCUGCCUUUCGUCACAGCUCCUCUGAUUUAUUUCACGAGUCGGAAUAAGUACAUGACGGUGAGAUCUGGUCCUGCCCGCUUUCAUAUCGAAGGUAGUGGGGAUGACAUGACUAUGGCCCAACAGAGACAGGUGACGAUGGGACAAGGAGAUGAGGAAGCUGAAGUUAAAAUGGGCAACGCAUGGUAUACAACCAUCCUUGCGGUGCUGAUAUGGCUUUUGAUUGCUAUUAUGAAUGUGGCUAAUCUGGUUCUCCUUGGCAAGGGUCAGUAG